AUGGCGACUGAACGACACGCUGCUAAGCGCUCUGCGCAAAAUUUAAAUAAUUCUAAUAUCAGUAUGCCCAAUAAAGCAGUUAAAACUAAAAUUCAGAAACUUAAGAAUGAGAAGAACGAUGUAGAAGAAUCAAAUAAUGAAAAAGAAAUAGAGUUAAAAGAUAUUUAUGAAAUGAUGCAGUCGAUGAUGACACGUUUAAACAAGCUGGAUUCUAUUGAAAGCAGGGUUAUGACUUUUGAGGAAGAAUUGCGAGAUAUGAGAGCUUCAAUUGAGUACGCACACGGCGACAUUAAAGAGUUAAAGGAUGAGAGUGAGGCAAGAAAGAAAAGUGAAAAUUUGGCAAAGCAGAAACUAGAAAAACUGGAGAAGGAAAAUGAAUUAUUAAGCAAAAGCAUCGUUGACCUUAAAGCACGGUCAAUGCGAGACAACCUCAUCUUUUACAAUCUGCCAGAAACCAAAGAAGAAAAUACUACAGACAUUAUCCACAAUCUUCUAGAAGAAAAAUUGGGUGUGGAAAACGUUCGAAGAGAUAUAAAGAUCGACAGAUCACAUCGUCUGGGUAAACCGAGAUCUGGGGAAUCGAAACCGCAACCAAUUGUAGCGAGAUUCAAUUAUUUUCAAGACCGAGAGCAAAUCCUAAAAAAUGCGAAGAAAUUGAAAGGUUCUAAUUUAGGUAUAGGCGAACAAUUCCCUGAAGAAAUCGUAAAGAUAAGAAAGGAACUUUAUCCUGAAUUAAAACGAGCAAAAGACGCGGGUAAGAAGGCUAAACUGGUGCGUGAUAAACUUAUUAUUGAAGGGAAAAUAUUUCAUAAGUAG